UGACCGUCACGGAGAGCAACUCCGCCUUACUCAAUCGAGCAUGUAUAUCUCGAAGCGUCAAAGUCGGCUAUUGCUGGAUGAUUGUAUCAUAGUUGAUCGGUUGCCACUGCAGACGUGUGCCGAACCGCGGCUUCAAACUGUGGGGUAGCCUUAUGUCUUCCUUGGGUAUUUUCUCUCCGGACAUCAAUCCUUUUCUACACGUCCCUUUAAAGAUCCGUCGGAUUUAAGAACACUGUGCCAAGAUGCUUCGACCUUUUUGCAGACACGCCGGAAGGCACAUGACCGCCACGACUCGUCCCGUGGUUAUUGGGAGGCGGCACAUGCAUGCUCCUGUUGCUUUCGAUUGGCAAGACCCGUUGAACGCAAAGAACUUAUUCACUGAGGAGGAACUGGCAAUUUCCGAGACAGCAGAAUCAUACUGCCAGGAGCGUAUGCUUCCAAGGGUGCUAGAGGCAUAUCGCAAUGAGAAUUUCGACAGGAAAAUCAUUGAAGAGAUGGGUGAAUUGGGUCUGCUAGGCUCAACGAUCCAGGGCUAUGAAUGUGCAGGCGUAAGUAGCGUAGCUUCUGGUCUGAUCACAAGGGCAGUAGAGAGGGUAGACUCGGGAUACCGGUCCGGCUAUUCAGUACAAAGCUCUCUUGCCAUGGGAGGUAUCGAAGAGUUUGGAACAGAGGAGCUCAAGGAGCGACUCCUGCCAAAGAUGGCCAAGGGUAAGCUACUAGGGUGUUUUGGUCUUACUGAGCCAAAUCACGGAUCAGAUCCAGGCUCGUUGGAGACAACAGCAAAACCUCACCCAACCAAAAAAGGAUACUACUCACUCUCUGGCUCCAAGACUUGGAUCACAAACUCCCCCAUUGCAGAUGUUCUCCUCGUCUGGGCGAAGCUGCAAAGCACAGGGAAGAUUCGUGGCUUCGUCAUCGAACGAGAUCAGUGCCCGCCAGGUACUCUCGAAACCCCACCAAUCAAGAACAAGAACGGACUGCGAGCUUCCCUGACUGGAAUGAUUCAUCUCGACGAGUGCCCCGUCUCAGAGGCAAACAUGUUUCCAGAUGUUGAGGGCUUGCGGGGACCAUUCAGUUGCUUGAACUCGGCAAGAUAUGGCAUUGCUUGGGGCACCAUUGGCGCUUUGGAGGACUGUAUUUCCAGGGCACGCGAUUACACUUUGAACAGGAAACAGUUCAAGAACAAUCCGAUUGCUAAGUACCAGCUUGUGCAGAAGAAGCUGGCAGAUGCGACCACCGACGCUGCGUACGGAAUCCUGGCUGCCUGCCAGGUGGGAAGGCUAAAGGACGAGGGCAAGGCUUCCCCAGAGAUGGUCUCCAUGAUCAAGAGGCAGAACUGUGACCGGGCAUUGAUCAACGCUCGAACGCUCCAAGAAGUGUUUGGUGGAAACGCUGUCUCGGAUGAGUACGGCAUUGGGAGGCAUGUGGCGAAUCUGUUUGUGACCCAGACCUACGAGGGCCAAAGCGAUAUCCACUCUUUGAUUCUCGGGCGCGCAAUCACGGGUCUCCAAGCGUUCUGCUGAUUGCUGAAGGAUAUGGUGAAGUCAGACAUGGCAUAUGUCUUGAUCAGGGAUGCUGUUGUUGUACGACUAUGAAGCGCAGUACAAUACAGAAUCAAGCACGUGUUUGGCCUUCACCGUAUGCGCCCUUAACCGGUGUUGUGCAUGCAUUAGAAUGAAAUUAGAGAAGACAUGCGCAGCCCAAACGUAGCACAAACGUCGAGAGUUCCACAAUCGACUGCAAUGCAAGCCACCUCGACAUGACACACAGUGACCAAUACUUGUGAAGCUCUGAGAAAUACAAGCAAAUGUGAAUGUCAGCAGUGUUGGAACAGGUAUUCUGCGAGGUUCUAUAGGUCGCCACAUGUCAUCAGGCAUUGCUGGGGAAG